AUGGGACGGCAAUGGCCCAGCUGCAUCCUUCCGAUCCUUCAUUGGCCUAAAUGGCCUGCUUCGGCUCUAGGGCAGACAGUAUUCCUUCUUUCAUUUAUAUUUCAGACCGUGACGGAGAAAUAUCAGUAUCCCUAUACCAAAUACAAAUCAAUAGCAGAAGUCCAGAUUGCUUUCUCGGUGGUGUCGUUUGCGUUCGCCGUAUUACCCCAAUAA